AUGGAUUUAGAAGACGGGGGAGGCUCGCCUUGGGGAGAGUCCUCGGAAACCGCAUCACAAACCCUGGCCCCACCAGCUACUCAAGGCAAAACACCUGGAGGACGCACAAUACGUACCCCUCGACGCGCUGGAGCACAACCCGUUCGACUUCAAGCUUUAGAUGAUUCUUUAGGUCCAUUAGGACCAUUGGGCGAUAAUGCGCCAACACCAAAAGCCGACGAGCCUCCUGCGCCGCCCCAAAAAGAACAAACUGUCACACAUAAUCUGCGGCAACCAACAGCUUCAGCGCAAAGCCCUACUGUUAGUCGGAGUUUGUUGGAUUCAGUGGAUUUGAAUGAGGAUGUUGAAUCUAGUACUGGACCUCGUAUACCACCUCCUGUUCAACCAUCCCAGGGAGGCACCGUUCGAAGAGAGACAACGCCUAGUGUGAGCAUCGAACAAGCUGCCAAGCCUACUUUCCAUAUCACAGUCGGUGAUCCACACAAAGUUGGGGAUUUGACUAGCUCUCACAUCGUAUAUUCAGUGGAAACAAAGACUUCUUCCAAAGCAUAUCGUCAACCAGAAUUUACUGUCACUCGAAGAUAUAGGGACUUUUUAUGGCUCUACAACACUCUACACGCAAACAAUCCUGGUGUUGUUGUACCUCCACCUCCUGAGAAGCAAGCUGUAGGAAGAUUUGAUACCAAUUUUGUCGAAUCUAGACGUGCAGCAUUGGAAAGAAUGCUUAAUAAAACAGCUGCUCAUCCAACCCUUCAACAUGAUGGAGAUUUGAAGUUGUUUUUGGAGAGCGAGGCUUUCAAUGUUGAUGUUAAACAUAAAGAGCGAAAAGAACCCGGACUUGGUGAAAGUAAAGGUAUGUUUAGUGGACUGGGUAUUUCUGUCGGUGGAGGGGGGAAGUUUGUUGAACACGAUGAUUGGUUCCAUGAACGACGAAUCUAUCUGGAUGCUUUAGAGAAUCAACUUAAAGCUUUGUUAAAAGCCAUGGAUGUUGUGAUUAGUCAACGUAAAGGUCUUGCUGAAGCUGCGGGCGACUUUUCUGGUUCCCUUAGGGCACUCUCAGCAGUUGAGCUCUCCGCGUCAUUAUCCGGCCCUCUCGAAAGUCUUGCAGAUUUGCAAGUUAGAAUCAGGGAACUUUACGAUAGACAGGCACAACAAGACGUAUUGACCUUGGGUAUCACCAUUGAUGAGUAUAUUCGUUUGAUCGGAAGUAUCAAGCAAGCAUUUGGUUCACGUCAAAAAGCAUGGCACUCAUGGCAUGGCGCGGAAGGUGAUUUACAAAAGCGUAAGACUACUCAGGAGAAACUAUUGCGCCAAGGGAAAUCACAACAAGAUCGUUUGAAUCAAAUGCAAGGAGAAGUGGCCGAUUCUGAACGUAAAGUUCAUCAAGCGAGAUUGUUAUUUGAGGAUAUGGGGCGUCUUAUGAAAGCGGAACUUGACAGAUUUGAACGUGAAAAGGUUGAGGAUUUCAAGAGUGCUGUUGAAACAUUCUUGGAGAGUGCUGUGGAAGCUCAAAAGGAGCUUAUUGAGCUCUGGGAAACUUUCCUCAUGCAAGUUGAUGCUGAAGAGGACGAACAAGUAUUUUACAAACCUCCUGUAGAGCCGGCAGCACGCCCUUCUUCGGAAACCGGACUUUCAGGUGAAGCUGCUACCGAAUCACAAGCUGUGGCCGUGGCAACCGCAGAAGAAGAAGAUUAA